AAGGAUCCUCUAUUCCAGCAGUUUCUGAUCGCUGUGUCAUUAGAGGGGCUGGAGAACAAAUACAACCUGGAGCUCAGCCGAGGUGUGUGUGUGUGCGCCUGUAUCUUUAGUGUGUGUAAGCUUGAAUAUGGAUCUAUUUAAUUUUUUCAUGUCUGUGUCUUGGUGUGUGUGUGAGCAUUAAUCAGACACGUGUUCUGUGCCAGAUGAGGUAAUAUCCCUCAGUUUUUCUCCUUACUUCAUGUGUAUUUCUCUCCUUCCCUCCCAGACUGGAAGGUUCUGAAGAACAGGAAGUUUCUGGGCUCUGUGAACGAACAGAAUAUUCGCACCAAGAGCAAACCUGUGAUUCAGGAAAUAGACCCCAAGUAUGUUUUCGCUUGCUCUUUCUUUCUCCCGCUCUCAUUCUUUCUUGCGCGCGCUCUUUCUUUCUUGCACUCUCAUUCACACACACACACACACACACACACACACACACACACACACACACACACACACACACACACACACACACACACACACACGUCACUCAAAACUCACUUCUGUUAUCAAUACUUCACCACUAGAGGGUGGUGUAGAGUUAGCUACAGUCUGUAUGUGGAAGAGUUCAAUCUCCUCUCUCUCCCUCCCUCCCCCUUCAAUCACUCUUUCUCUCUCAAUCUCACUUUCCACAGGGAUACUCACACACCCCCAGAACCAGCCAAACGGUAGGUCUGUCUGAGUUGUCCACUGUGGAUUUGAUUGUCACAUACCAAACUGGAACAUAUUUAUUUUCUCCUUCUUUCUCACUCUUGCUCUAACCCACCUCUCUCUCCCUCUCCUCUCCUCUCGUCUCAUCUCCUCUCCUCUCUCCAUCCAUCUCCAGGCCAGAGUUCUGUCUGCUGGUGGAGCCCCCUGUAGGUAAUCCAGAGUUUCUGAUAGCAGAGAUUCAGCUGCCUGGAGUGGUGAGACACAAGCCCAGUCCUAAACACAUCCCUCUCCAGCCUAUACUCUGUGUUUAACCUCUUCCCCUUCCCCUAUAGCAGGGGUGUCAAAGUCAUUUUGCCCCAGGGGCCGCAUUCGGAGGGCUGCACAGAAAAUCGGUUAUAUUUCCUCACCUUCAAAAUGUGCAAAGAAUAGUCCUCUAUCCAUUGUUUUUGGAAUUUACGAUGCUCCCUGACUAUCUAGUGAUUAUUAGCGAGCUGGACAGUCAAGAAACUGUAUGAAUGUAGGUCCAUUAUCAUUUCUACACAGUUUCGAUUUGGUUUUAGUCAUUUUAAAGUAUAUUGAGUUUGUUUUUUAUUUAACUCAAACCACCCGGGGGCCGGAUUACACCCCCUCGCAAGCCAUAUCAUAUCAUUAGCAUUUAUACAGUUUCGACACCCCUGCCCUGUAGACUAUGUCCUAAACGCAUCCUUCACCACCUAUACUCAAACCGUUUCCUCACCCUGUAUCUAUAUACUUUAUUCUUAAUUCCAUAUACUCAAUGUGUUAAACUGUUUCCUCACUCCCUCCCUAUACUCUAUGCCAGUGUUCUUCUUAGCUGGUCCUGGGGACCCACAGGAUGUGCUGGGGUUUGUUCCAGCCCAGCACCAACACAGCUUUUUCAAAUAAUUAUCCAAUCAACAUACAGUGCCUUUGGAAAGUAUUCAGACCCCUUGACUUUUUCCACAUAAAAUGGAUUAAAAAUAUAUAUACCCUCAGCAAUCUACACACAAUACCCCAUAAUGACAAAGUGAAAAACAGGUUUUUAGAAAUUUUUGCAAAUGUAUUCAGACCCUUUGCUUUGAGACUCGAAAUUGAGCUCAGGUGCAUCCUGUUUCCAUUGAUCAUCCUUGAGAUGUUUCUACAACUUGAAUAGAGUCCACCUGUGGUAAAUUUAAUUGAUUGGACAUAAUUUUAAUUGAUUGGACAUAAUUUGGAAAGGCACAAACCUGUCUAUAUAAGGUCCCACAUUUGACAGUGCAUGUCAGAGCAAAUACCAAGCCAUGAGGUCGAAGGAAUUGUCCAUAGAGCUCCGAGACAGGAUUGUGUCGAGGCACAGAUGUGGGGAAGGCUACUAAAACAUUUCUGCAGCAUUGAAGGUCCCCAAGAACACAGUGGCCUCCAUCAUUCUUAAAUGGAAGACGUUUCGAACAACCAAGACUCUUCCUAGAGCUGGCCGCCCAGCCAAACUGAGCAAUCGGGGGAGAAGGGCCUUGGUCAGGGAGGUGACCAAGAACCUGAUGGUCACUCUGACAGAGUACUUCUGUGGAGAUUGGAGAACCUUCCAGAAGGACAACCAUCUCUGCAGCACUCCACCAGAUGGACGCCACUGAAUACCAAGCGUCACGUCUGGAGGAAACCUGGCACCAUCCCUACGUUGAAGCAUGGUGGUGGCAGCAUCAUGCUGUGGGGAUGUUUUUCAGCAGCAGGGACUGGGAGACUAGUCAGGAUCGAGGCAAAGAUGAACGGAGCAAAGUACAGAGAGAUCCUUGAUGAAAACCUGCUCCAGAGCGCUCAGGACCUCAGACUGUGGCGAAGGUUCACCUUCCAACAGGACAACGACCCUAAGCACACAGCCAAGACAACGCAGGAGUGGCUUCGGGACAAGUCUCUGACUAUCCUUGAGUGGCCCAGCCAGAGCCCGGACUUGAACCCGAUUUGAACAUCUCUGGAGAGACCUGAAAAUAGCUGUGCAGCGACGCUCCCAAUCCAACCCGACAGAGCUUGAGCGGAUCUGCAGAGAAGAUUGGGAGAAACGCCCCAAAUACAGGUGUGCCAAGUUUAUAGCUUCAUACCCAAGAAGACUCGAGGCUGUAAUCGCUGUCAAAGGUGCUUCAACAAAGUACUGAGUAAAGGGUCUGAAUACUUAUGUAAAUGUGAUAUUUCCGUUUUUUAUGUGUAAUAAAUUAGCAAAAAUGUCUAAAAACCUAUUUUUGCUUUGUCAUUAUGGGUUAUUGUGUGUAGAUUGAUGAGGGGGAAAAAACAAUUUAAUAAAUUUUAGAAUAAGGCUGUAACCUUAACAAAAUGUGGAAAAAGGGAUUGCAGUGAUUGCAGCUGUAAGUCUUUCUGGGUAAGUCUCUAAGAGCUUUCCACUCCUGGAUUGUGCAGCAUUUUCCUAUUAUUCUUUUCAGAAUGUUUCAAGUUCUGUCAAAUUGGUUGUUGAUCAUUGCUAGACAACCAUUUUUAGGUCUUGCUAUAGAUUUUCAAGUAGAUUUAAGUCAAAACUGUAACACGGCCUCUCAGGAACAUUCACUGUCUUGGUAAGCAACUCCAGUGUAGAUUUGGCCUUGUGUUUUAGGUUAUUGUCCUGCUGAAAGGUGAAUUCAUUGCCCAGUGUCUGGUGGAAAGCAGACUGAACCAGGUUUUCCUCUAGGAUUUAGCCUGUGCUUAGCUCCAUUUAGUUUCUUUUUUUAUCCUGAAAAACGUCCCUUGUCCUUAACGAUUACAAGCAUACCCAUAACAUGAUGCAGUGGUACACAGUAAUGUGUUGUAUUGGAUUUGCCCCAAACAUAAUACUUUGUAUUCAGGACGAAAAGUGAAUUGCUUUGCAAGAUUUUUUGCAGUUUUACUUUAGUGCCUUGUUGCAAACAGGAUGCAUGUUUUGGAAUAUUUGUAUUCUGUACAGGCUUCCUUCUUUUCACUCUGUCAAUUAGGUUAGUAUUGUGGAGUAACUACAAUGUUGUUGAUCCAUCCUCAGUUUUCUCCUAUCAUAGCCAUUAAACUCUUUGCGAGGCAUUGGAAAACCUCCCUGGUCUUUGAGGUUGAAUCUGUGUUUGAAAUUCACUGCUCGACUGGAGGGACCUUACAGAUAACUGUAUGUGUAUGGAAAAUGUAUGCACUCACUAACUGUAAGUUGCUCUGGAUAAGAGCGUCUGCUAAAUGACUAAAAUGUAACGUAAAUGUCAAAAUAUUUUCCGAAGGCACUGUAAGUGGCAGUGACUAAUAGCGCCCAGAGUUUUUUUCUGGUCAAGUCAAGCGCAGUCAGGGAAAACUUGGGGUGCUUGUUAUGACAUUAAUACGUAAGCCAGCAACCUUCUCUUGUCCUCACUCCCUCCCUCCCCCUCUUUCCAGGCCUCCUCUCUCUCCCUCGUUCUGGACCUUGGGGAGGACAGGCUGGUUCUGAAUGCCCGGCCCUCCCUCUUUCAUCUAGACUGUUUCAUUCCCUUCUUCAUUGACCAGGAGGGCAGCGUAGCACAGUACAACACCAACACACAG